AUUUAUUUUUGGACAUUUUAUCGUCACCCAAGCAACCACUAUUUGCAAACACACACAACAUGUCGGAGCCAUUAGAGUCGGACGCUAGUUUGCUUGUUGUUGUACUGGAUAUAAACACUAGUGCAUGGUCUACAUCGCCGCUACCACUUGACAAGGCGCUCCAGCAAAUAAUAAUAUUUAUAAAUGGCUACCUGGCGCUCAAGCCAGAAAACAAACUGGUCGUUCUUGCAUCAAACAAGCGCGAGUGUCGAUGCCUUUACCCUGUAGACCACACAAGUGCCACCCCAGAUCAAGACAUCCAAGUGUACGAGCAGUUCCGCGUGGUGGACGCGAGCAUCCUGGCAGGCGUCAAAAACAUGAUUAUCAACACCGAGCCGCCCAACGCUAACCAGGGCAUAGAGGAGGCGCAAAGCCUUAUAGCCCGGGCCCUGUCUAAAGCCCUCUGCCACAUCCACCGAGUGACUGAGUCCACGCUGAGCAAAAUAUGGCCGCGCAUCCUGAUCCUUUCCGCAGCCGAGGAUUCGCCCCGCGAGUACAUUGCGCUUAUGAACAGCAUAUUCGCGGCCCAAAAGAUGAGCGUUCUUAUAGACAUUUGCAAGAUCAUUGGCCGUGAUUCUGUAUUUUUGCAGCAAGCGGCGGAGAUUAGUGGAGGCAAUUAUCUCAAGGUAGACACGGCCAGAGGCGAGUCGCUUUUGCAGACGCUCUUGUUUACUUGCUUGGCCGACCAUUACACCAGGGAGAUUUUGUACUUUCCCGGCAACGAGCAGAUUGACUUCCGGGCAACAUGCUUUUGCCAUAAGAAGGUGGUGGACAUUGGGUUUGUGUGCUCGGUUUGCUUGUCUAUCUUCUGCCGGCCUGCCCCUGUGUGCUCGACAUGCCAGACGAAAUUCUCGAUCAAGCUGGUCAAGACGGAGAGCGCGUUGUCCUCGUCGGCCUUGACAAGCAAUGGGAAGCAAAUAUUGGCGGCCUCCGAGAUGUCUGCGCUUUCGUUGGAGGACGAGAAAACAGCAACAGCAGCAAAAUAAUAGCUGAAGUGGUCUAAAUAUAAUUAAAUUUUAGAUCCAAAUCACGUGUAUUAAAUAUAUCAAUUUUUUGGUUA